AUGUCCAACCGAAGCACCGUGACUGAGUUCCUGCUCCGGGGAUUCUCUGACGUCCGGGAGCUGCAGAUUUUGCACUUUGUGCUGUUCCUGGUGCUUUACCUGGCAGGGCUAAUGGGGAAUCUUCUCAUCGUCUCAGCGGUAGUCCUCGACCACCGUCUGCACACCCCCAUGUACUUCUUCCUGGUGAAUCUGUCCAUCCUAGACCUCGGCUCCAUCUCCGUCACCGUCCCCAAAUCCAUGGUUAACUCCCUCCUGGACACCAGGGUGAUUUCCUAUGCUGGAUGCGUUGCCCAAGUCUUUCUUUUUUUAGUCUUCACUUCAACUGAUCUUGCCCUUCUCACCACCAUGGCCUACGACCGAUACGUCGCCAUCUGCCAGCCACUGCACUACGAGCAAGUGAUGAAUAGGAGAGCCUGUGUCUAUAUGGCUGCCGGUGCCUGGCUUGCUGGUAUUGUCUACUCUGCCCUGCACACCGGGAGUACCUUCAACUUACCCUUCUGCCAAUCCAAUGUCAUUGACCAGUUCUUCUGUGAAAUUCCCCAGCUCCUCAAGUUAGUCUGCUCCGACUCCUACAGCAGUGAAAAUGGGGUCAUUGCCUGUGGUCUGUUUUUAUGUUUAAGUUGCUUUGCAUUUAUCAUUGUGUCAUAUGUUCAGAUCUUCAGAGCGGUGCUGAGAAUCCGUUCGGUGCAGGGCCGGCACAAAGCCUUCUCCACCUGCCUCCCUCACCUCACUAUGGUCUCUUUGUUACUUUCUACGGGCUGUUUUGCAUACCUGAAGCCCACCUCCACCUCUGCAUCAUAUUUGGAUCUUACGAUGGCUGUUGUCUAUUCCCUGGUACCUCCAAUGAUCAAUCCGGUCAUCUACAGCCUGAGGAACAAGGAGCUCAAAGCUGCCUUAAAGAAACUGAUCAUGUGGAGGUUAUUCGUGAAGAAUUAA